CUCGGACCUCGGAAUACGGAUACGAAAGUGCCUUUUAGUGUAUACGUGUAUAUGUGUGUGUUUGUGUUUGUGCAUCCCCAUAUAAAGAAAGGAUCGUACUAUCGCAAUGUCGGAAAUGCAAAAGUUUUAUAAAGACAAGACCAUGUUGCUAACAGGUGGCAGUGGAUUCUUAGGAAAAGUGACCAUUGAGAAGCUGCUCCGCAUAACAGAGGUGAAGCGGAUCUAUGUGCUGAUCAGAGCCAAGAAUGGCCAGGAGAUAAAGGAGCGCCUCGUUGCCUGGGAGAGCGAUCCAGUGUUCGAAAUACUACUGAAAACGCAACCCAAGGCAAUGCAGCGAGUGGCGCCCAUACAGGGCGACUGCCAGGAGCCAGAUCUGGGCCUUGGGGCUGAAGACAGGAAGCUGCUGAUUGAGGAGGUGCAGCUGGUCUUGCACGGCGCUGCCACAGUACGCUUCACUGAGCCCCUGCACAUAGCACUGGCCAUCAAUACGCGGGCCGCCCGCCUCAUGCUGCAGCUGGCAAAGCAAAUGCAGCGCCUCGAGGCUUUUGUCCACAUCUCCACCGCCUACUCCAACUGCGUGGUGGAGAAAAUCGAGGAGAAGUUCUAUCCGGAGCACUUGACCUGCUCGGCCAACCAGGUCCUGGAGCUCACUGAGUGGCUGGAAGGUGAACUGAUAGACAACAUGGCGCCCGCCCUGAUGGGCAAGUAUCCCAACACCUACACAUACACCAAGGCUCUGGCGGAGCAGGUGAUCCAACGGGAGGCGGGGGACAUUCCGUUGUGCGUCUAUCGGCCUGGCGUUAUCAUUGCCAGCUACAAGGAGCCGAUGCCGGGUUGGAUCGACAACCUGUACGGCCCCAUUGCCGUGCUCUAUGGAGUUGCCUUUGGGGUCUUGCGGAUCACUCGUCUCAAUGUGAAGGCUCAGGCUGGAAUUGUGCCAGUCGACUAUGCUUCCUCCAUGGCGUUGGCCACUGUCUGGCAGACGGCGAUAGACGCCAAGCCGCCAGGGGAUCCGGUCAUUUACAACUUUACACCCAGCGAAGAGAACCUGAUCACCUGGGGCGGCUUCCGGGAUAGGGCACAGAAUCUGGUGCACAACUAUCCACUGACCAAGAUGAUGUGGUGUCCGUUUCUGCACUGCACCACCACCCCGUGGCUGUUUCGGCUGGUGGCCUACUUCUAUCAUCUGGUGCCUGGGUAUGCCAUCGAUGUGGUGCUCCGAUUACGUGGCCAGAAGCCUCGCAUGAUCAAGCUCUACGAUAAGAUACACAAGAACAUCAAUGUCCUUGCUCCGUUUGUGGACACCACGUGGAAGUUUGACACGUCCAACACUCAGCGUCUGUGGAAGCGAAUGUCGUCUUUGGAUCAGAAUCUAUUCGACUUCAAUAUGCGGGGUCUAAACUGGGACGAUUACUUUAGGCAGGCAUUGUACGGCAUUCGGAUCUACUUGGGCAAGGAACAGCCCACCUCCAUAGUGCGAGGCAAGAAGAUUCUCUUUCGCUUCCUAGUUUUGCACCGGAUUUUGCAGUUGACUCUGUGCAGCGGCGCUGCGGCUCUCUUGUGGUCUCUACUGAAGGUCGUAUCUAGCUUCUAGGCGAGGACAACCACACCCACUCACAUAUGCACACACAAAUAGUAGGUUAAUUGUUCUUAGAGUUAAAUAAAUGUUUUGGCCAAAAUA